GAUCCCAACGACGCGAUACCUAGACCAGCCUGGAGAUUCAAUCAUACGCUGACUGGCCGCCACUUGCGCGUGCAGUGUCGUGAAAAGGUGUUUGAGAUUGACAGUGUUUUUUUGAAAUAGUGUUAGACGGAGUAGGAUCGUGCAGUUGCUGUGGAUUAUGCGCGUAUAUAACUGAUUAAGAUCGGUAAGAUCUUUGAGGAUAUGCCAGAAAAAUAGUAUUGCUAUCCGCGGGAUGAUCGAGCCUGAAAGUUCUCAGCUGUUCCUCGUCCCCAGAGGAAGGCUCUUCAAGAACUCCUGAAGAGGUCAUCACCUGAGUUCACGAUGUCAUUAGGACAACGAUUAUCGGGCGCCGUAGCAGUUCUCAGAGGGAGUGGAACGGAUGGAAAGGAGGGCCAUACGUCCGGCACGGAAGACAUUGAGAAGAUGACGUCCGAAGACGAAGUGGAGACUGAAUCUCGUCACGAAUUGGACAGGUUGCAGGCGAUCGUGAAUUGGAUGAGUACAAACAUGUUGCUGGUUCUCACCAUCGCUGGUGUGCUAGUGGGCAUGGGUCUUGGAUUUUUAGGACGAUUAGCUAAUUUCUCACCAGAGACCGUAAUGCUGCUCAGCUUCCCUGGAGAGAUCCUCAUGCGUCUACUAAAAAUGUUUAUCCUGCCACUCAUCAUCUCGUCGCUGAUUGCUGGAAUGGCCCAGCUGGAUGCUAAGAGUUCAGGAAAGAUUGGCAUUAGAGCUUUAACGUAUUACAUGGUCACGACCAUUCUGGCUGCCAUUGUUGGUAUUGCUAUGGUAUUGAUCAUUCAUCCAGGCAAUCCACAAAUUAAAUCUACUGUAGUAGCAUCAUUUAGUAAUGACACUAGAGUAUCUACUCUUGAUGCCAUUCUUGAUAUAAUCAGAAAUAUGGUACCGGAAAACUUGGUCCAGGCAUGCUUUCAACAAGUUCAAACUACUUACACGAAAAAGGAGGUCGUGGUUUUUGGAAAGAACGCGAAUCACAGUGCUUAUGUACUGGAGCCAACGUUAGUUUACAGAGACGGGACCAAUAUUAUGGGGAUGAUUAUGUUCUGUAUCACCUUUGGUCUACUCGCAGGACAAAUUGGGCCCCGAGGAAAAUUGAUGGUUGACUUCUUUGUGAUAUUGAAUGAAAUUAUAAUGAAGCUCGUUAGCCUUGUGGUAAUGUGGUACUCUCCCUUUGGAAUAAUGUGUUUAAUUGCGGGAAAAAUCAUGUUGAUUAACAAUUUAGCAGCGACGGCUCAAAUGCUAGGACUUUACAUGGUGACCGUAAUAGUGGCCCUUUUAAUUCAUGCUAUCAUUACGUUACCAUUAAUAUAUUGGAUUAUAACCAGAAAGAAUCCAGCAGUUUUUUUCAAGGGUAUGAUGCAAGCCUGGGUCACGGCUUUGGGUACAGCAUCCAGUGCAGUAACAUUACCAAUUACUUUCCGUUGUCUUGAAGAGAACAACAGAAUUGAUUCUCGAGUUACGCGAUUCGUAGUUUCUGUGGGUGCAACAGUUAAUAUGGACGGCACUGCUCUUUACGAAGCUGUGGCCGCAAUUUUCAUUGCUCAAAUGAAUGGAAUUUCUUUAGGAUUUGGUCAAGUCAUAACAGUCAGUCUUACAGCUACAUUGGCAAGCGUGGGGGCUGCCAGUAUUCCUAGUGCAGCUUUAAUAACAAUGCUAUUGGUAUUAACUGCAUUGGGACUCCCAACUAGUGACGUUUCUUUGCUAUUUGCAGUCGACUGGCUAUUGGACCGGCUCAGAACUUCGAUCAAUGUACUGGGUGAUGGAUAUGGGGCGGGGAUCGUUUAUCACCUAAGUAAAGCCGAAUUGGACAAAAUGGAUGAAGUGAAGAAGCUAGAAGCAUUGGAAGCAGGUACAACACCUGAAGAUAUAUCUGAGUGUCAAGCAGUACGCGUACUUCCAGUUGAAUGUUCAGACACCAAAAUUUGAAUAUAAGCACUUGUCACGUGAAAUCAUGUGACACCAGCUUAGAAAAAAUGAACAAAAUUGAAUAAUACUGAGAAACACAAUGCACAAUCAUAAUGUUGCUUAAAUUUACGAUUUACACGGAAGUGAUGUUUGGUCAUGUAUUGCCGUAAGAACGAUUAUUUAGGGCGGAUUGUAUGUUGUGCUUUGAGCUUUUGCGUUGAACAAGGUGAAAGAAAUUUUAUAACGCCAUCAUAUGUAUAACUUGUAUCAUGUUUACUGAAUUUGUCGACAAAUUUGAGGGAAAUCAAGAAACCAUUUUGUAAUAUACAAUAAUGAUGAACGAGCAUGCUAAGUACAAAGUGAAAACCCACAGUAGAUUUUAUGUAUGGAUAACAGUUAUAACCUUGCUACAAAAAAGAGGAAUGAGAGUGUUAAAAGAUUUGUAAGAAAAUAUAAAAUAUCUACUAUUUCUCUGACAAAAGAUUCAGUAAUUUCAAUUUUUUUAAAUUAUCUAUAAAAUAGUAGUGUGUACGAGUCCCCCUCCAGUCUGGCGCACACUUACAUUAUAGAGAUCAUUAUGUAAAAUCAAGUUUUUAUAACAAAUAACAAAAGCAACCUUUGUUAAAUUCCAAAGGCACAUAAUGAAUGAAA